GACCCCGCCAUGGACGACAGCCUGGCCCGGAGGCCGGCAGCCCGGCCGCGGAGGCUGUCUGCUGCCGCCGCGGACUCCGGAGCUAACGUUAGCCUGCAAGAUGGCGAGGUGACCGAGGGGAUCGAGGUGCAGCCCGCCAGAGAAGCACCGACGGCAGCGGACAGACCGGGCGCUGCUGCUGCUGCUUCUGCCGCCGCCGCCGCCGCCGCCGCUGCUGCUGCUGCCGGGGUCACGGAGAGGAGGAGCUCGGCUCCGCAGGUGGUGGUUCACCAGAGGCAUAUGCCGAUGGAGCCCAAGAAGUUCCAGAUACCGAGGAAAGCCAGGGAAACGAGAGCUCUCUUCCGAGAUGUCUCCACUGAGUCCCGGGAGUUCGAAGACAUGGUGAACAUCCUGACCUCUAGUUACUUCGACACUGGCUCCGCUGGCUGCUUCACCUACUGCAAACCUCGCCUGGUCUACAGCGAGCUGCCGGAGAAAGAGUUUGUGGAGAAGAGGAGGGAGAUGAAGAUGGACGGGAGGACGGACACGGAGCUGGAGGAGAGUUACGGUUUCAUGUUGGUUGAGGCUCCAAAGGUGCACCAGCUCUGUGAGAGUGGUCUGUGUGUGAGUCAGAGCUGGAUCACAGUGCUGGGAAACCCCAGUAAAGGAGUGUAUCUGUCCAGGUACUCAGACCUGCUUCAGAUUAACCCGUUCACCCCGGGAGCCACAGGGGAGAUCAUCAUCUUCAAAGUGAUGAAGGGAAAAGUGAAGAGUAUCUAUGAAAACAUGAAGAACAUUCUAGAUCCAACACCUCGCUUCGACAGCCACAUCUUCAAGAACGCCAGCAAAGUCACCUCACUCACGUCCUACCGCGCCUUCGAAUUCACGCAGCAUUACUUCUAUGAGUAUUCCUUCGAUGAAUUGCGGCAGCGACCUCGCCAGGUUUGUCCAUAUGCCGUCGUCUCCCUCCUGUUCAAAGGAAAGGACACUCCCCUUCUGAGGAUGAACAGUCAGACUUCAGAGGGGAGCAAAGAGCGAGCUCAGUUCACAGUGUGGACCGGAGAUCUGGUGCAAGGCGACCGGGUUCUCUUCCAGAUCUCCCUUCGCUCCUUUUCGCCGCCCUUCCUGCCCCACAGACUACCAGAGAAGUUGAAAAUCGGUUGUGUGAUGAGACUUGACCAGGUGACCAAGCUCCUCCCCUCCAGCCUGUUCUCCUACCACCUCUACAGCAGCAGCCAGGAAGUUGUGGAGGACGGACAUUGCUGCAGUCUUCUCGAGGUGGUUGACAAAAGUCGGUCAACGACCAACGUGACGAAACUCCUGCAGGAGCUGGAGAUGACGAGAGUGGUUCUGGUGACGCCACUUACCGAGCGAGGAUUUCUCUUUCUACUCUCCAGUGUUCAGAUGGCCUCACCUCCUGAGCGAGAAGGGAACUGGAAGAGGUGUCUUCAGGCCUUGUUUGUUUUUCCUGAGUCAAGAGACGUGGCCAAAUCCACAUCAAGGUGGGCCUCCUCUGCCCAUGAUGCCUCAGUGUCGAUGUCUUGUGCCACAGUGAUGCCGCGUCUGAGUACGUUUAUCCCAGCGUUGCAUCACGCCCUCGUCAAAACCCGUGCUAACCCCGCUCCCGAGCUGUCUGCCGGCGUGGAGCGCCAGGCAAAAGACUACCUCAUUGGCCUGAAUGACGGAAAGGUUCGGCAGUACCCCAUGGGCGAAUACGACUCCAACCAAGAUGAGCAAGAAAAGGAUUUUCCCGCUCCCAAACACCACAAGGUGAACAUGGACUACUAUCUGCGCUCCUACCUGCACAACCCUGCCCUCUACCUGCUGUCAGUGGCCCGGGCCAGGCAGGUGGUGGAGGCGCACUGUGGCCCCGAGGAGCCACAGCAGGUGAGGCCCAGGAAGAGCUGUGCAGGCCAGAGAGAGUCGACGGGCUGUGCAGGCCAGAGAGAGUCGACGGGCUGUGCAGGCCAGAGAGAGUCGACGGGCUGUGCAGGCCAGAGAGAGUCGACGGGAUGUGCAGGCCAGAGAGAGUCGACGGGAUGUGCAGGCCAGAGAGAGUCGACGGGCUGUGCAGGCCAGAGAGAGUCGACGGGGAAGGAGGUGACAAGCAACUCCAGAGACGGACAUUCCAACACUAAGAAGUUGCAGCAGCUCGUAGACCUGGUUUUGACCUGUAAGAGGAACGCAGAGAAUGAGGUGAAGAGGGAGGAAGGAGCAGAGGGAUCGCUGAAGGCACCGGGGAGGAAGAGGAGGCUGGAGCAGCAGGCGGCAGCGAGGGCCCUUAAAUUCCUGAAGGCAACUCAGGAACCUGGAAGAGAUUCCAAGAUUCCAGUCGACGGAAGCCAGGUGCCUGCCUCUCCUGACUCUCUUACAUCUGUGAUUGGUUCAGUGGGUUUGAGAGACGUUGAUCUGAGAGAAGAUGGAUCUGAGCUUGCUGCCAAACUUCUCAUGCUGCUGACAGGCCUCAAACAGUCUGCCAGGGGCCUGGUCAGUCAGGAGGAGGGGCCGAGGGAAUCCUCUCCGUUUGAUAGGCUGGCCACUAAGCUGGGCCUGCCCACCAACUGUGACAUUGACCUGAGGAAGCAGGAAGAGCUGGAGGAGCAGACUGCGGGCAGCGUCAGCAGUCUGGAGGGAUUCAGUCCGAGCUCGCACAGCGGGGAGAUGAAUCACCGUGGAGGACGAGGUCUGGGGAGAGGAGCAGGAGUAUACGAGGAUGACGAGGAAGAGGGGGAGAUCCCAUGGGUCCUCAUCCCCAUAACAGGUCUGUGUUCAGAUCGCUACUCUCAGAGAGACAGAAACCUCCCUCAGGAUCCUCGCUUUCAGCACCUCUCGAUGGCAACAAGCAUCACCACGACGACCAAACCCCCCGGGAAGACCCCCGCCCCGUCUCCUGAGCCGAGCCCCCCUCCCUUCCCCUCUCAAUGCCCAUCACCUGACCCCAGCCCUCCCCCUUCACCUUCCCAAUGCCCGUCUCCAGAGCCCAGUCCCCCUCUCUCGCCGUCUCAAUGCCCCUCCCCGGAGCUCAGCCCCCCCACUUCUCCCUCUCAAUGCCCAUCUCUGCAGCCUCCACAAUCUACUUCCCAGCGUACGUCCCCUUCCCCCUCCCCGUCCCGGUGCCAGUCCCAGUCCCCAGAGCCUAUGGAGCACAUCCCACCUAACAAGGGCGACAGUGGUGCUAAUGAGGAGCGUCUAGCCCCCACAGCCCCCAGAGAGUUUAAAGGAAUGUCCUGGGACAGACGAGAGAAGAAUGAAGAGCCAUCUGUUCCUCCAGCUCCAGAGAGGAGGACAAGCUCCUCGCCACCACUCUCUGUGAAGGAGUAUGCAGACGGGGAAAUGCAGGAGAUGACGGAGAGAGGUGCAGUGAUUCCAGUCGAGGAGAAAGAAAGUCAACCGGUUGAAAAAGUGCAAAAACAAAGGGAAGAAAAAGCCCCAGAGUGUAAACGAGGUGGGGAAGAGGUGGGAGAUAUGGAACAUGAGGUAGCGAGUGAAAAGAAACAAAAGGGAGAGGUGAAGGAAAUGGUAGGUGGCCCUUCUCCGUCCGUGUCCUCACCUCCUACACGUCCUCUCAGAGAUAUUGACAGCAUAGUGGACAAACAUCUUGGCAACUUCUCCUCCGAGAUGCAGCUCCUCCUGCAGGAGAAGAGCAUUCACUACAGCUUCCCACAGUCCCCUCACUCCACCUCGAACACAGAAACCACCGCACCUCCACACACACUCCCACACACUUUGACAUCUCAGUUUUCAGAGUAUGUGUCUUUCUACAACCCCUGUCCCCCUGUGAACGACUACGUUAGCUCUCUAAAGGACGGCAUUAACAGCAUGUUAGUUGAGUUUGGUGGCAGCAGGCGGAGCCACAAUGCCGACACCAGCCGGACCAAUAGUGACAUGUUGGCUAGCACUGUGAGCGCUUUUGUGGCCAGCAUCCGAGCAGCUAAUACAAAAACAGGCAGCGAUGAUGAGGCGUCGGCUCCCGGCGGUGAACUGAGCGCUGCUUAUCCCAGCUCUUCAGUCAGUCAAACUCCUGCACUCUCCAGAGGAGGUGAAGUGUGGCAGCCAGAUGCAACCAGACAGUUUCCUGAUGCAACAAACAGCAGGAAUUCUCCAUCUUCUAAUGUCACUUUAUCAACUCCUACCUCUGCCUCUGGUUCUGUUUACAAGUCUACCGACACCACCGACUGCCAUCCUCCCUCAGACAAGUUGUCCCAGUCCCACUGGAAACCACUGCAAAGUCCCACUUCAGAGAUCAACAGAACAGGAGCUCAAGAUAUCAGACUAACACAAGACAGAAACUUCAGGAUCAUACAUCGUGCGACUGAUGUAGAAGCCGGGAGAAGUGUCACAGGGUUGAACUCUAACUUGACUCCCCCGGGCUCCAGCAGUGUUUCUCGGCCCUUACUUGAACCUCCACUUCCUGCCGAGCCGGUCUCCAACUCGGCCUCUGUUUCCGCCUUCGCUGCCCCAACCACAGCGCUGAGCUCCUUGAUCAACCAGCUGCAGCCAGAGGUGUUCAGCAGUCUGGUGAAGAUCAUCAAAGAUGUCAAAAAGAAAUCGCUGCAGUUCUACCUCCACAGCACAGAGGAGAGGGACCCGCUCCUAGAAGACAUCAAGGAACACCUGUUGAAGCAGGGAAACGUGGACCAGAGUCCUGUGGCCUUUCUGAACCACGAAAACCCCGACAACCGACUGCUGGUCAUCAUCAAGAACAAAGACAUCGCUGGACACAUACACAAGAUCCCAAACCUGGUUUCUCUGAAGCGACGGCCCUCUGUUGUGUUUGUGGGGAUCGAUACACUGGGCGACAUCAGGAACAACAGCUACAAUGAGCUCUUUGUUUCGGGAGGAUGCAUCGUUUCAGAUGAGAUGAUCCUCAACCCCGACUUCAUCAGUCAUGGUCAGCUGGCUGAGCUGCUGCGGCUCCUGGAGCAGCACAGCUCUCUGGAGAGUGUCUGGAAGUGGAAGGUUCACUGCAAAACCCACAAGAAACUGAAAGAACAAGCCAGGUUCAGUAGAGAGGCAGCCAACGUACUCGACCUUCUCUCAGCCUAUCAGAAGCGGCAAAUUGUUGAGUUCCUUCCAUAUCAUCACUGCGACAUGAUGAACCAUCAGUCACCCGACCUGGACUGUCUUAUCGAGCUCCAGGCCCGCUACACACAGUACCGACACACAAUCUUCCUGACCGAGCAUUGUCACGAGAAGUUACCUGCCUACUCCAGUGGAGGCGUCAUCGUGGCUGGUAUCGAAGAACUUCUGCACAACUUCACCAGACUGGUCGGUUGCCAUGACAUCAAGGACAAGCAACCAGCCAAGGACGUUCUGCUGGCAAACAAAGGUUUCAACCCACCUUGUUCUACUGUUGUACUUGAGAGAACCUCACCAAGACGGAACAUGGGUCCUGGCUGGCUGCUGAGUCCCGGUGACUCUGUACGCUCACCCUCUAUCUUCCCAGAGCACAUUCCUCCCCUGUCCUCCAGCGAGCCACCCAAGCAUCUCAUGCAGCAGCCGAGCUCCGGCCUCAUCGCGCUCCAUCAUCCCACCGACCAGCUCGUCCCAGACACCUCCUUUAAGGAUGGCGGGCCUCCACCUUCGGACACAGACUUUGAGGUUCUUAGUCAGGCCAUCUCCCAGCUGCGGGCUGAGCGUCAGGCGCAGCUGCUGCAGCAGCGGCUGGAGUGCCAGGAAAGACUCCUUUCCAAUUCUCUUCACAGAGGUAGCGGUCACGCCACUCCUCCUGUUGGUCUCGGCGGUCUCUUUGAGUCCGUCCAGCCCACUCCAGGCAGGAAGGCUGUGGCAGACACUCAUUCCACACUGCAGCCGGGGAUUGAGAGGAGGCAGGACAGAGGGGAGCCUCCCACAGAGGGACAGAGGAGGGGAAGAGCUCUGGGAGGAGGAGUUGGAUUCUUGGGAGUAAAGUCGGAUCCCAGGAUCAGUGACGCUUCUACCUCUUCAUCCAAUAAUAGCGCAGCUGCAGUGACGGGACCAAAUGGCCAGACUGACCCAACCAGCGCAGAGAGAGAACAAGCAGAUCAACGAGGUGAACCAGCAUUUUCCAAAGCAGCUAAACAUGGUGCUGCCGCCUCCAGUACCUUCUCCUGUCCUGUGGAGGGCGACAGAUCAAGAGACGCGCUCUCAGGCCAGGAGCAGCCAAUAAGUGCAGAGGGAGCACUUACUAGAACCAGCACAGCCAGUGACACUGAGGUAUCCGGAAGUGUGACCAUGGCAACAGGCCAGGAGGACAAUUCAAAUCCUGCUCUACUGCAACAGAUCCAGCAGCACCAACAGCUUUUGCAGCUGAGUAGGUUGAACCUACAACCACUAUCCCACAGCCGGCGGCAGCAGCCGUGGGGCAGGGGCGUCCUGCAGCCCCGCUUCCUGCCUCAAAUCCCCAGCCAGCACUUCUCUGCGGGGCCAACGCUGAGGCCCCUGCCUGCCCUGGGGAGGACCAUGGGCCUCCUAGGGCCCACACCUACCUGGCCCGGGGGCGUGGUCUGGGGCUUCCCUCAGGCUCCCCCUCGUCCUGCACUGCUGGGGGCUUACCACAACCCUGCAGCUCAGGGCAACAGCAGGUACAGGGGGGGGCAGAGAGGAGGCUUUAACGGGAUGUAGCUGAGUCACCAGCUGAUGGACCCAGGUGACCUGCUCCUGUAACCUCCGCCCACCUGCUGCAGCUCAUGAAGCGCACUUAACUUAAAGAAAUACUGUAAAGGACUAAGAUGGACAGACUGUCGUACAUGUCUUCCAGUGGACCGUCUUUCUGUCGUGUAAAAAGUACUUUUUUUGUUCUGAAUGUUUGGUUAGUUAGUCUGGGAGCUGUUUGUGUUUAGAUGUGUUUAGUAAGUGACUCUAAAUGACUAGUUUUAACUUAAAAAUCAUGUGUUUUUUUUACAUCAGAGAUUUUUUGUAUUAAACUUGGGUGCAUGAACCAGA